GCUCCUCUCUCCGGUAUUAAAAAUAGACCGGCGCCGAUAACAGACUUAUGUUGCGGCUACAUCACUUCCCGUCGGAAAUAAUGUGUGCGCUACUUUCAUUUUAAUCACCGAACCGUGACCGCGAGCGCGCAAAUGCGCAUCGCUCUGCGCAUCUUUGAAUCUUCACAACUACACCGUGGACAAUCUCCCUGACAUCCAGAGACCUCUACUCCGCAAUCCUGCGAGGCUUCUUCACCGCUUAUGGCCGCUCAUCGGCGUCCCUGAGCCGCUGGCCUCGUCCCGGACUCCGCGUUCCUGCAACGCUCUUCAACCGAGGGACACAUUUACGCCAAUACGCCGUUUGUAGUCGUUCUCGGCGGACUAUUUUUUAAAGGACCCGGUGCUAUGCUGGGUCGAUCUCGCUAGGUCUUGUGAUCAGUACACGAUCUCUCCUCCCACAUUCGUCCGACCGACGCUCCGGUCCUCCCGUCGUGUCCCGACGAUGCAUCCUAACGCAGAGAUGCUGGCGGUGCUGCUCCUGGGGAACUUGAUGCUGCCUCUCGUCUCCGCGCAGAACGCUGGGUUUGUGAAGUCGCCAAUGUCUGAGACUAAGCUCACGGGCGACGCCUUUGAGCUGUACUGCGACGUGGUCGGCAACCCCACCCCGGAGAUCCAGUGGUGGUACGCCGAGAUCAACCGGGCCGAGUCCUUCAAGCAGCUGUGGGACGGCGCCCGCAAGCGGCGGGUGUCCAUCAACACGGCCUACGGCGCCAAUGGGGUCAGCGUGCUGGGCAUCACGCGCCUCACGCUGGAGGACUCUGGGACGUAUGAAUGCAGGGCCAGCAACGACCCCAGGCGCAAUGACCUCCGACAAAACCCCGCCAUCACCUGGAUCCGAGCCCAGGCCACCAUCUCGGUGCUACAGAAACCAAAGAUCAAUGCCUCUGACCAGACCACCGUGUCGGUGGACACCUCUAGCAAACCAGUUAUCCUGCAGUGUAAUCUAACAACUGCCCACACGCCGCAUAAAGAAAGUUACUGGAUGAAGAAUGGACAGGAGAUCCCAAACACACGGACAGAGCUGAGGAACACAGCACACAGAAUAAAUAAGCCGCGUGCAGAUGAUUCUGGGGAGUAUAUGUGCGUUUACACGUUCGACAUGGCACCAAAUGCUAACGCUACCAUUGAAGUAAAAGCAAAACCUGAUAUUACCGGCCACAAACGAAGUGAAAAUAAAAACGAGGGGGAAAAUGCAACGAUGUACUGCAGGUCCGUUGGAUACCCACAUCCCACGUGGACCUGGCGUAAGGUGGACGGAACCUCCUACACGGACAUCGACAACUCCACCGGACGCUUCUUCAUCGCUAACAGAGACAACUUCACAGAGCUCAGUAUAAUAAACCUGGACAUAAACACGGAUCCUGGAGUGUACGAGUGCAACGCCACCAACGUGAUUGGAAACACGGCUGAAACCACCAUCCUGCGGGUGCGCAGUCACCUGGCGCCGCUCUGGCCUUUCCUGGGCGUGCUUGCAGAAAUCAUCAUCCUGGUCGUCAUCAUCGUUGUGUACGAGAAGCGCAAGAGGCCGGACGACAUUAUUGAUGACGAUGAACCAGUGGGACCAAUGAAAACAAAUUCAACAAACAACCACAAGGACAAAAACAUCCGCCAGAGGAACACGAAAUAAGCGAUUGGCUCAGAUGAGAUGGCUAAACUGCAUUUUUUGACUACAUGAAGGUAUCAGAGGUGGACAGAGCUCUGGGCAGUUUUGAACAAAGCAUAUCUUGUCUCAUUUUAUGAGAAACAAUAUCAGCGUAACACUGGCAACAAACAGAACAUAACGGCUGUCUUAAGCAUGCCUUAUUCAGUCUGACACGGAGCUUUCAGGAUGACGACUAAUGACGAAAACCACCACAAAGGUGUACACAUUUUUAAUGUGCUGUUGAUGUCUCCUUUGUUCAUUUUAUCAUGUCCUCAAACGAGGUGAUCCUUUUUGCAUUACAUAUCAUGUACGAUGCAUGCAGAUAAUGACGCAAUAGGAUACUCAGAAUAGACAUUUUCCGUUUUAACCCCGUGUGGGGCUCUUUUUUUUUUUGCUUCCAAAACGAGCUAUGGUUUCCUAUGGAGUCAUCCUUUCUCUCUCUCUCUCUCUCUCUCACACACACACACACACACACACACACACACACACACACACACACACACACACACACACACACACAUAGUUUUAUUCUUGAAGAUUUGUACAGCAUAUCAUGGUCAUUUAUCUAUGUUUGAUUAUGUGAGAAGUCCACUUUUAAGAGAACUUUUAUUGUGAAGCAAGGGCUUCAUUUGCAGUAUUUAUUUGAAUUGAGAGUGAUUACAGAAAAUGACUACUGUGUAUUUAACUAUCUACAUGAUAAAAUGAUAAUGUAUGUAUUAUUUUUAUUUUCUUUGCAGAGUAACAUAGAUGUCUUGUAUAUGUUGAAGUAUGAGUGUUCAAAUUCUAGGAAAUCUGUAAAAAUAUUUUUUUUUAUAUUUCCCAGAUUAAUUGAUUUUUAUUUUUCUCUCUUAACUGUAUAGCAUGGCUAUAAUCCUAUGCAAUAUGUAUUCUUAAAUAGAUAUAUGGAGGGCAGUUUGUUUUACUCAGUGAAGCUUUAAUAUUGUGGGAUCACUUGGAAGCUGGCAUAGCAACAUUCACUGCUGUAGCUGCAUGACUCCUCUUUCAAUACAAUGUAUCCAUGUGUGUUGCAGUGGAAAUGGACCUGCAUUAAGGGGGGCAGAGAGGGACCAGAGUACAUAGCCACGAUCAAACAUAUGAGUGAGACCAAUAUUUUUUUUCUGAAUAAAAAGUUUCAAAAAUUA